AAGGAAAUGGAGGCAGCAGGGAUGACAGGGCACUGGCUGCCACAUGCCGAUCAAUUCAACUACCAAAUCAUAGUGGUUGUUGAUGGAAAUGUCGUGCCAGAUCGACUGCCGACACAAAUGAAUGGGAACAGCGCGAUCGUGAAGCAGCUCACUGAACGGAUAGAGCACUGGUAUUCUUCUCUACGGCAUGGAGAGAAUAUCAUUCUCGUUAAGUCGGACAUUUCUGACCUCGAAGAAACGCUGGAACGAGAGCUUAAGAAUGCUUCAAGGUUGGCAAGAAUCGCCAAGAACGGAAAACUGCUUGUUCAGAAAGUUUUGAGUCAAAGAGCAGUUGAUUGUUACUGGGCAGAGUUGUUGGAAGUCUAUUCCAGCUUUCUCGAGAAACCUGUUGCUCCU